CGCAGACUGGCUGGCCUCGAGCAAUGAAAAAAUAAAAUCCCCACAACUCAGGCCCAACUAGGCCAAGUACAUAUCAGUUGAAUACAAGUAUAGUACCACUGACAGGUAACAUGGACGACACGUCCACGCGCUACAAGGGAAUAAUCAAGGCUGACACACACGCCUAUAAAACCCUAACCGCAUCGGUUGGGUGACACGCGACAGGUGACCUUCAUCGGCCACAGUCCUUUGAAACACCAACGCUUGGUAUGAAACAAAGAACCACAAUCCUGAGGAUGACCAGGACGACACGGGCACUUAUCACACCCACGGAGGAAUCAAGCAAUCAAAAACAAUCCCCACUUACUACAGCACCCCGGAUAGCCGAUGCAGGCACCGGAACCUAGGCUGUUGCUGAAGCGAAAUAUCUUUGGGAAUGUGUCCAAGUAUCUACUAAACACUUAGAGAAAAUUUUGAGAAAAAAAGGUUCCUCAAGAAGGAACUAUGGCCAGCCGACGAAGGUAGAGCCAUCUCGGGAAAGCAAGGGCCCCCCUCAUUGGCCACAAGGCCAGACCUUGGCCGAUGAGGGUAGGGCCACCUCCAAGCCAACAGCGGUACCACAAGGAAGCAACUAUGCCUUACAUCUGUACUUAGAAAAUUCUCUAAGUACUUAAAUGAAGGAACUCUAGACGAAGCGUGUACCUUUAUACCCCAGGGCCGUUAGCUACCUACACCUCUGCAUGUGUACUUAGAAGAAUUCUAAAGUUCAAAAGAUCAGGGUGAAGGUGCCCUUCUCGGCCACAACGCAAAGGAUACAAGCCGAAAACGACACUGGCUCAAACACUUGGGAAAUCUCCCAGAGCAUUCGUCAAAAAUGAUGAAUCCAAGGCCAGGACGUUGAGAACGCUCAGCCACUUGAAUUCCAAAAGAUAAGAAAGCCAACGCCUGGACGGAGCGGACACCACGGUCAAGGCUGAAAAGGGAAGCACCUAAAGGGAUCCAAAAACACUUGGGAAAUUUUUUAAAAAAUCCUAAGUGUUAUGAUAGCAAAGGAACACCGGUCAGGCCGACAAAGCCACCAGGCCGGAAAGAAAGCAACUUCGUGGUUUCAAAACACUUAGGAAACUUUUGAAAAAAAUCCUAAGUGUUAUGGUAGCCAAGAACCACCGGUCAAGCCGACAAGGCCACCAGGCCACAAGGAAAUAACUGUAAGAACCCAAAAACACUUAGGAAAUUUUUCGAAAGAAUCCUAAGUGUUGUGAUACUACAUCAACACGGCCAGGCCGACCAAGCCACCAGACCGGGAAGAAGGCAUCCAAGUGAACCCAAAACACUUAGGAAAUUCUCUGAAAAAAUCCUAAGUGUUAUGGUAGUAAAGCAACGACGAACAAGCCGACCAGUCCACCGGACGGGGUGGACUACCCCAUGGACGUAGCGGGCACUCGCGAGGCGACCCAAGUUGUGACCUUGCCACUUAGAAAAAAUUUCAAAAACGAAAUGACAAAAGGCAAACAAGCAUACAAGGGAUUCAAAGCCGAACAGGACGGCAAAAAUUUUUUCAUUGAUGGUCAAGUUCAUUACAAUUGGGGGGCGCUACGGCCGUUACAUCAUUUGGGCAAAAAAUUGAAAAACUAACUACAAAGGAAUAGUCGAUCAGGCCUCUGGGGGACCUCCAUCUGCGGCUGGCUCUUCGGCCUCGUCGGCUCCCUCUUCAGCCUCAGUUUCCUGGCCGGCAGGGGCUGUAGCGCUGGUGGCAUCGUCCAAAAAAUCAAAUUCAGUAUAAUCCGGCUCGCCGAGGCCAGAGCUUUCAAUGGGGGACUCGCGCUCCGACAAGGGAAGCUUGGCCUGCUCUUCUGGAUCCUUCAUCAGCUUCGGCAGCUUCAGGUUCCGUCUAGCCCACCCAGACGUAUAGUUCAUGGCCUUCAAAGCACGAGAGAGCCGCCGACACAGGAGCCUUUGCAUCCGCUCCUGGCCCAUGUUAUAAUACACAGACAUCUCUCGGCUGAAAUACUCCUGGCCGGCGGGGGAGUUCAUCCCCCAACUCUCAAGCCUGGCGGCCACCACCCCGUAGCACCAGGGAAGCCUCUCAUCGGCCUUCCACCCCUCGGCCAGGAACUUCUCCACGGCCUCAUCAGCAGCCCUCACAACGGCGGCCUCGGCCUCAGUCUUCGCCUUCACGGCCUCCUCACUCUUGCGCCGCUCGGCCUCCAGCGCCCUUUGGGACUCCUCGAGCUCCCUUUUUCUCUCCUCGAGCUUGGCCAGGGCAUCGUCCCUGGCUGCGGCGGCUUCAUCGGCCCUUGCCUGCAACGCCCUGGCAUCCUCCCGGAGCCGAUCUAGGCAAGCUACCGCCUCGUCGGCCGAGGCAGCCUUCUGCUCCAGCUCCUUCAGACGAGCUAUCUCUCGGUACUGCCUUUUAUGGCUCUCCAUGAGCAUAAAGGCACUCUGCAGAAACAAGGGAAACAAAAGUCAGGCAAAUGAUUCUACACGGACGACGAGAAAAACGACACUUACGAAGGAAAGUAACUUACUUGGACGAGGAGGUCCAUGCCGCCCUCGUAAAUCUUAACGUCCCCGAGCUUCUUCAAGUAAGCCCGAUCUUUGGCCGGCAUGGCCUGGGCCAGGACGUCGUGGCCAAGGACGACAUCAUCGAACACACCCCCGCCGACGGGGUAUUCUACCAUCUUCUGGUAGGUGGCACCGGCUAUCUCCUUGUCGGCCCUCUUCGUCCGCGGUUCCUGGACGAGAGGAAGCGAUGGGGCAGCAUCGCCAGCAACAGUCAGGUCCACGACGGGACCACCAUCGUCCACGCUGGGAACAGCCAGAGUACCGGCCUCGGUAGCCGGGGAAGGAGAAGGUGCCCUCUUCGUCUUCUUGGAGACGUUCAGGCCGGCCUCAGUUAAUUUCUUCUGGCCGUCAGUGGCCGGCCUCUUCUUCUUCGAUUGGGCAGGCCUUGGGGGCGCAUCAGUAGUAGCCCUACUCCCACCGGCCGCGGCACGUCUGGCCGCCUCGGCCGCCUUAGCAGCCAGCUCCUCGGCCGCUUUGGCCUUGGCAAUAGCCAUUAUGGAACGCCGGUCCAUGGCAAAAUCUACAAAGGAAAAACAUAACAGAUUAGUAAGGCAAAGGACAAAACAUAAAGACAGAAAGCCGAAGAAAGAAUUACCAUCGGUCUCAGCAGGAAUGCCCAAAUCCGGGCCGUCGACCUCUUCAAAGGUGGUGGUCAUCCUCGGCCAGAGUUGGAGGUCAUCCUCCUUGUCACCAUAGACAUGGUACCUCAAGAAGCCGAGGUCGGCCAUCUUGUAUUCAGUAAUGUAAUCCUUCACGCUCCUCGGCCCCCCUUCCAAGAAAGCCUCCACCUGAGCGUCCAAAAUAGAGCUCUUCGGCGGGUCGUGCAGGUUAAACCUCCCGGUGUGGCCGAGGGAGGGAAACUCGGUGCCACUCUCACCAAUGGACACAAACACGAACUUGCUCUUCCACCCAUGAAUGGACGUAGGCAAAUCCGUGAAACUCCUCUUCUUCGGCAGCUGUUGAAGAGUAGCAUAGGCUGCACAGUUCUUGUGGCUUCCUCGGCCGAUCUGGUACAGAUUCAUGAAUAGUGCCGUUGUCGGCCUAUAGCCCAACUCCUCACACCGGAGCAAAAACCCCACCAUCAAGGAGUAGCUGUUCGGCGUCAGCAGGGCCGGAGGAAGCCCUACCAUGUCUAGGUACUCAGUAAUGAAAGGGUGAAGGGGGAACCUCAACCCCUUAGCAAAAUUCAUCGGGUAUACUCCAAAGUAUCCCGGUGGUGGAAGAAGAACAUGGUCUGUCGGCCUGAGUGCCCUAACCCGCCCGAACGGCCCCACGUACAUCUGGGCAACAAGAUAGUCGACCGCACUGCUCUCCGGCUUGAUCAGGUAGAUGUUGGUGAGAUCCAGGUAGGAGAUGCCCGGCCCACUCUUCGGCCUCCUCACUCUCUUCGGCUUAGCGGCUCCCUUAACGGCGGACACCGGCCUCGGGCACAAAAUGACAGCGGAAGUAGACGCCCCGUCCACCACUCGGGACGCACAUGCGUCCUCACCCCUUGAAGAAGAGGCGGACUCCUCGUCCUCGACCUCGUCGUCCAUCCGCUCUUCGGAUUUGUAAGGACUCAAGUGCUCCAUCUCCUCCUCGAACUCCUCGAGCACCUCGUAGUCAAGUGACCUCGUGGAGGGUUGGUCGUCAUAGGGGUAGUAGUCUUCGUUCAAGCUCUUCAUAACUACUACUACGGGCCUAAGGAGACUUAACUUAAGAUCUAAGGGUGUUCAAACACCUAACACUAGAUCACUAGCCUAGGAAGCAAAAUAUGAAAAGUGAGGAAGAUCGCGAUGAACACUAACCUUGAACAACGACCAACACGAAGAACAAGCUUGGGAGUUUAUCUCUCUAGAAAAAUGGCCAGCACUUCGACAAUUCAAGAUGCAAAUGUGAUUUCUCGUCGGAGGGGGAGGGGUAUUUAUAGAACCCCCCACCCAACGGUCACUACACGUGGCACCCUCCCAAUGGCCACAUCAGCGGUCGCCAAUGGGAGGCCACCACGUCACCAACGGGCCAAAAUCAAUCAGCCCACCAGCAAAGCAGACCCUACGGCCUACACACGUGCCGGCUUCACAAGUACCAGCAGGAGCCCACAUCCCAUUUGCUUGCCAGGAGACGGCAACGGCCAGGAACGUAACAAACACCCAUAACGGCCACAGAACAAAAUGAACAAAGAAGCCCACAGCCAUCGGCUCCUCGCACUAACCCUUGAUGAUAACUCUCUACAAGCGAUCUGCGCACAAGGGUUCUCCCACAGGGUUACCUUGGCCAGAAAAUCGCCAUGAGGGUUGGAUUCAGGAGGACUACAGAGAGACCGCUUCGGCCAGGGACUCAUGCAACUCCUUCACCCCUCACACUCUUCGGCCUGAAGCAGUGGGGGACUGGAGGACUACAUCGGCCUCAACGAAACAAAAAGCAACAAUGCAAAGAAUAUGAAUGUAACCACAAAGCAUGGCCACAUCGUCCACGCAUCACAAUGGACACAUCGGCCAGAGGCACAUGACAUCAUCAACAACGGCCAAAAGGAGUGCACGAGCACCCUCAUCGGCCACCCAAAGGAAAGGACGCCAUCGUCCUCGAAGCAAGGAUCAACUUCAGUGGCCUCAUCGGCCCAAACACAAACUUCAACCAUCAACGCCCAAGCGAAACGUGCCUUUCAACGGCCGCCAUUGAAACAAGACACUUAUCGUCGUCAAAUGAACACCUUAAGGAAACAACGGCCUCCCCGCCCACAGCGAGGGACAGGUAACGGCCAAAAGCACUAAAGCACAGGAAUCUACUCUCCUUCACUUCGUCUACGUCUCAGCUUAGAGAGUGGGGGACUCCUGAUGGAGUAUAUGGGUCUGAGCCCCCGGACCCACAUACUCGGAAGAACAGAAAGCACAAGACAACAGAGUGGCGCCCUCGUCGGCCAAGACGCCCCUGUCGGCCGAAAAGGGGCCAACUCGGAUUAUGGUCCUGAGUCCAAGGAACCCGGGUGCCCUCGUCGGCCGUGCCCUCGUCGGCCGUGCCCUCGUUGGCCACGCCCUCGUCGGCCACGAAGACCUCACAGAAUCGGAUUUUAUACUUAUUCAUUUGUACAGCCCAUUAGUGGCUUUGUAUUCGGCCCAGUAGCGGUCCAGUUGUAAAUGGGCCUCCCAAGCCCAAGACUUGGGAGCCCAACCCUAAUUUUCACUAUAAAUACUCCCCUUGGGAGUAGUUAUAGGAGUUACAAAUUCAUUCUAUUGAAGCAUAUUAUUGCACUUCUCUC